CCUGCUGGAUCUGGAUGACCGCUCCCUCGUGCUGAUCUGGCGCAACCACCAGGCCGGGGCUUUCGAACUGGCAGCGGCAUCGUCCACGUGAAGCUCCACAGCGACAAACAGAUGGCAGGAGAAAAACUUUGCCAGCAGCUGGGUGCCCUCAGGGACGUUGAGGCCGAGGAGGCCUUGAAGCAGGCUGCAAAAGCGCUCAGCCGCCUGCCCAUCGUCGUCCUGGAGAUGCCCCGGCAGGUCAGCGACAUGGCAGUUGUACGCAGUUGCUCUGGCUUCGCCAAGACAUGGGGCUAUGACGCCGAAUUGGCGAAAGUCAUUGUGUUGGCGAGCAGCGCCUCCGCCCUGAACUUUGAUGCGGACGCCGAAGUUCGGUUCCAGGUCAAACCGCUGAGCGAGGAAGAGUGCCAGCAGCAGGAGGUCCAGACGUUCCUCAAGCACCACGGUGGAGCUGCCGCCGUCGAGCACAAGUCGGAUCUCCUCCACCUCUCCGGCGGCAACGUGGGCAAGUUGGAGGCCGGUGCAUUUUGUUGUUUUUCCAGCUUUGUGUUUGCGAAGACUCGGCGUGUUGCGAAGCCUUUCCAGCCGCAAGGACCUGGCGCAGGCCUUGCGGACCAAGACCUUUGAGGAGGUCCGGCUCGCAACCAUCGGCGCGCAGGAGGAGAUCCGUUUCUUCGGCGUCGGUGCGGCAGGUCCGUGGACUUCGCUCGUUUCACCAGCGGUGAAGGCACAAGGUGCCCACGGCCACCACUGAGAACCAUCGGUUUUGUGCAGCGUCGCCAUCCGUGCACGCUCUGCUCAAGCCGAAGACCGAAGCGCUUGAAACCAACACGAAGCCCAAUCGCCGAGGAAUGUUUUGGUGAAAAGAGUUGCAUGGAAGGGCUUCCACAGAAUUCCACCCCAGAGGGCUUCGAUAGUCCCUUGCCUCUUUUGGGAUUAGAGUUGGACGGGACUCGACAUUGAGAGCCGAUAUUGAGAAAAGAGAUGAACAGAGAUAAGAUUGGACACUGAUUCCACAUGUCUUGCGUUUCGAAUCACGACCUCUUCAACUGCCCAGGUUCACCGCCACAUAACUUGGAUGCCUGUGCGCUCGAUGUGUUGGACACGCUGAAGGAAGCUGGUGUGCGAAGGGACGCGGAGCUGAUUGUUUGUGGCCACUCGUUUGGUGGCAAAGUCGCCUUGGCAGUGCUGGAAGCCCUGCAGGCACAAGGAACCCCGCCGAGGAAGACCUGGAUCUUCGACUCGGUGCCAGGUUGCCCAGCUGCCCUCCCGGCAGAGGAGGAACGCCGUGAGCAAAGUGUGGGCUUUGUGUUCAAAGUGGUCCAAUCAACCUCCGGCCAGCAGUUUGCAGAACGUGCAGAUCUCGUGAGACAUCUACAAUCUCAUGGCCUGAGUCAGCCUUUGGCGGAGUGGAUUGCUCAAUCAGUGCGAUCCACCCCGGAAGGCUUCGAAUUGAGCUAUGACAUUGAUGUUGUCGGUCAGCUUUAUGCAGCCUACCAAGGGAAAGAUAUGUGGCAUCUUUUCAAGGGGCCUGCGGUUGCAGCUUCUGCCGGGAUGCCGAUGAAGACGUUGACUCCUGCAGACCUUGCUGAAGACGUUGGUGCAGAAUCCUUUCAAGUUCAGCUUAGGACAUUGGAGUCGUAGUGGCUGGCAAGAACAGGCUGAGAUGGUGAGGUUCAGUGGAUUGUAGGGGAGCCUCACAAGAACUUUAUAACAAACCUCAGGACUAGGAGCAAGGACGCUACUAGGAGCAAAGGGCAUCGCUGCUAGGAACGAUCGGACGCUACUGGGGGCUUUUGAACCUUUUGAAAUCGAAACUUCAUAGGCUCACGACCAGGGUCUGACCAACACCAUAGGACUAGUCGGACAAGCAGCCGCAAACAGUGGCUGGUAGCACAGCUAGCGCCAGGCACGCCUGGGGUGAAGAGAACCUCAAGCAGUUGGAGUCGCUUCAGGAGGAGGGUCACAUCCAAGUGGUGACGCUUAAAGCAGGUCACAAUGUCCAUGUGGAUGACCUGCCAGGUUUGCUAAAGGCCAUUCAGCCAAGCUUCAACUGAGAGCCGAGACCAUCUUCGCUCUGCAUUGCUUCGAAAACCGAUGGCUGGCUUGACAGAGCGUGCCUGCGAGCAUGGUUCUAGAGUUCAAUAAAGUUGCGCAUUCGGUUCUGAAAUUGUGAUCACACAAGCUUCAAACCCAAGGACGCAAGGACUAUGUUCUGGGCGUCUUUACAUCAAGAACGCUAGUAGGUUGGAGGCCGUCGCUAUUAGAAACAAAUACAAGGAAAAGGAAGAAAGGUAUUAUAAAAUAUUUAUAUAUAAUUUGCUAUUAGGAGCAAGGACGCUACUAGGAGCAAACGGC